AUGACCAUUUGCAAGAGUACUGGUUCUUAUAAAGGCCACAAGCAAAAGCACAGGUGUGGCCAAGUCAGGUACAGUAUGGACCCACUUGUCCCCAAAAGGUUAAUUAUAACGAGGAAGGUGAGCAGACACAAACCGGCCGCCGGAAUAUGCUCACGGUGCGGCGGUGGCGCCAGCGUGGCCGACAUGAAGACCUCCACCAGGUUCUGCUACGUCCCAUUUUACUGGAAGUCAUGGAGGGCUAUCAUGUGUACCUUCUGUGGAGCCAUUCUAAGGUCUUACCGAUAG